AUGAGCCCUUCAAAACCCCUGCAGCGUUUGAAGGGCUUCUUCCGCCUUGGGAGCAGCAAAACGGGUGAGCCUACCGUCCGUGACGACCAAUCUCCCUCGACGCCAGCAUCGUUCGCAGAAGCCAGAGCCUCGGUAGCUGCCGUCUCCCAAAGCUCGUCUUCCAGGCCCCUUCAAGCUACAGAAACACUAGCUUUCGUGACGCCUGAUCGAGUCCCAAGUCCAACAGCGCGUCCCAUCACAUCGCUCCCUCAAACAAUACCCCCGCCAUCAGAAGACGUGUCUUCGCUAUGGAGUCGUGCUUACGAGGCUCUGCGGGAAGAAGAUGCACAGUUGGUGGAGCAAUACCAGAUACUUCUGUCUCAAGAGUUAGGGGAGCAAGAGCCUAGCGCACCCGGGAUACAAGGACUGCUUCAACAGCAUGAUGCUAAGCGCCGACAUAAUAACCGAAUCGAAACUGAUCCCGACAGGCGUUGUGCUCAACUUAAGACUAUCACCGACCGUGGCCUACGACGCGCCGACGACAAGCGAACGAAGUAUACCAUAUUCGGGAACCAGUUUAUUCUGAGGGAUCAGGUUCAGCAGACUGCUCAAUUCGUGCUGACUAUGAAGAGUCUUGUUGAUGAGGCUGUCAAGGCGUCUCCUGAGGCAUCCCUUGUCUGGGCUGGGAUGUGUGUCUUAUUACCAGUCUUCACCAAUCCGAGUGCGGCAGAGGAGGCUAACCGUGGUGGCUUAUCGUAUGUCGCCUCUCGUCUUCCAUACUACGUCCAAAUUGAACGUCUCCUGUGGCCAGAAAACCUGCUCGAAACCGGACUGAAGGCGGAAUUACACGGCCAUGUCGUUGACCUCUACCGACACAUCCUUGAGUUUCAGAUCAAGACCGUUCGCCGAUUCUACCGAAAGUGGCUUGCUAACAUCAGUCGCGAUGUUAUCCAAUACGACAACUUGAAAGGAAUGAUCUCUAAUAUACAAGAGCGAGAGCGAAUUAUACGAGAAGAGUCAAAUAUUCUGAAUAGCAUUGCUUCGCGGAACACCCUAGAAGCCAUCGGAAAAGCAGCACAGCAAAACUAUGACCACAUGCAGUCGCUUCUGUCGAUUGCGAAGGAUCAUCUCGAUGUUUCGAGGGACCACCGUGACAUUUCGGCAGAACAACUUCAGCUCCAGAUGGAAACAAGUAAUAGUCUACCUCUCGACCUUCCCGUCGUCAAUGAAGCGCGCUGCGACAGUGGGGACUUCCAAGACGGCCCGAGAUGUGAGACCGGGACUCGAGUACGCAUUCAGGAGACGAUUCACAAUUGGGCGGACGAUGACUCUGGCGAACCAUUAUUCUGGCUUAUGGGUCCAGCGGGAACCGGGAAGUCCACUAUUGCGCGGACAAUCACAGACUCUUGGGCCAAGCAGAAACGACUUGUUGCUGGUUACUUCUUCAAAAGGGGAGAAAAGGGCCGCAAUGACACCACCCGGCUAUUUCCCACCCUUGCUGCGCAGCUGUCCGAGGAAAGCCCUGCCUUUAGAGGCUGUCUUCGGAAAUCUCUCAGCGGUCUCAACAGAGAAGCGGUGGAAAGCAAAGGCCUUGAAAACCAGUUCAACCAACUGCUGUGGCGCCCCUUGGCAGAUCUAUCCCUCGACACCCGCCGACUGACUACGGUUAUCAUCGUUGACGCCUUGGACGAGUGCGAGCGCCCUGGUCACCUAGGGCAGGUUUUAAAACUUCUUGCGAAACUAAGUACCGUCAGCACGGUGCGCCUGCGGGUAUUGGUGACAAGCAGGCCUACUAUAGCGGAUGCCUUUCGUGGCAUUUGCUCUCGAAGUCUUGAUCUAGAGACGGAGCAUCAGGUCGCCACACGGACUGAUAUUGCUACUUUUCUCAAACAGAGAUUUGCGAGUAUCAAGGCUAGGUGGGAGAUCCAGGAGACUUGGCCGGAUGAAAGACAAUUCGAUCGUCUGAUUCAGCUAUCAACAACACCCUCACCCCUAUUCAUUUAUGCAGCAACUCUGUGUCGCUUCAUCGAUGAUCCAGAUAAACGGGAAGAUCCAGUCGACCAACUAGACCUCUGGUUUCAUCAAAGCGACAGCAGCACUCCCCAGCUCGAUCAAAUUUACCGGCCAAUUCUCCACUACGUCUUAUUCGGCAGCUACAACACCGAUGAAAAACCAAAGCCGCUGGCUGAAGAUCGCCGAACGGAACUAUGCCAUCUGUUGGGAGCUCUUGUACUGGUUGCGUCUCCUCUGCCAUCCAAGGCGAUUGCGGCCUUGCUUGGCAUCCCUAUGCGUAGAGUUACUCUGUGGCUCUAUCACCUACGUGCUGUCCUCAGCGUCCCUCGUGGCCACGAUACUCCCGUAACGCUCCUGCAUAAGUCUUUUAGUGACUUUCUGCUUAGCCCUGAGGGCUCAAGUCAUCGUGACUACGGAAUAUGUCUUACACCAACACACGCUACGCUGGCAGCAAAAUGCAUUCAGCAUAUGAAAGAGGGACUCAGGCGAGAUAUCUGCAAUACUCAAAAGCCAGACGUGCAAAGUGAUGAGAUCAAGAAGGAAGUGAUGAAUAAAUAUAUCCCUGCUGAUCUGCAGUACGCAUGCCUCUAUUGGGUUUACCACUUACAACAAAGCAAAGGGUAUUUAGGAGAUGACGUUUACAGUAAGGUUUCGGACGGUGCCGCCGCGAUUAAGCAACUUCUAAAGAUGUGCCAGCAGGAUCCUAAUGCACCUGCAGAACUAAGGGAGUUCAUCACAGAUGCAAGCAAUGUUGUGGCUAGUUUUGGAUCUAUGAUUGAGCAGACACCGCUUCAAAUCUAUGCGGCGUUGAUACUGUUCUGUCCGGUUGCAAGCAAAGUCCGGGAAAGAUGUUGCAACCAACACCUACCGAAUCUGCCUCAUGUUCACGGCGUAAAAUUUGAUUGGGAUGCGCUGCGGCAGACGCUCGAGGGCCAUACAGACUCAGUCAGCGCAGUAGCCUUCUCGCCGGACGGCCAGGUGUUGGCGUCAGCUUCGGGCGACAACACGGUCCGGCUCUGGGACGCUGCCACAGGCGCGCCCUGGCAGACGCUCGAGGGCUUCACCCGCAAUCUAGCAUUCGACCCAUGUUCUAGAAAUCGACUCCUCACUGAUUUUGGCGCCGUAGACGUAGUUACAGGGUCUUUAACGGCCGGACCCUACAGCUAA